GUUGAGAACUGGGGAAUAUACCAGCCAUACAAUGGAAGUACUGCUAAUCUCAUUGCAGCCAAGGACUAUGCAACUGAGUUUCUGGAAAGACAUGCGGGCUACAUGCACCGAUUGAAAAAGCCACUCAUCCUCGAAGAGUUUGGACUAGCAAG